AUGCACGGACAGGUUAAAGUUCGUAGGUCGCCAGAGCAUGAAGCUAAACUUCGGGAAAUUCAAAAACAAACGAGUAAAAAUUUCACAAAAUUAGCAGAUGAAGUUUUGGCCAGACGACGCUCUGGGGAUUUUGGUCUCGGGAUUUUGGUUAAAGUUGCUGAGCUGUUGGAAAAGUCUCCUGAUACAUUUACACUCUGGAACUACCGGCGUGAAAUAUUGACAUAUCCCACUAAUGCCAACACUUCUGCCGACGCUAGGUCGAAGAUGUUUGACAAUGAACUCGUUUUAACUUCCAAAUGUCUCAUGAAGAAUCCCAAGUCCUACGCUACAUGGCAUCAUCGGACUUGGACCAUGUCGCACCAUCCCACUCCUGAUUGGAAAGCUGAACUUGACCAUUGUAAUAAGGCACUAAAAUCAGAUGAUCGAAACUUUCAUUGCUGGGAUUAUAGGAGAUUUGUCGUUAAAAGUUCCAGGACUCCAAAUGCUGAUGAACUUGACUUUACUUACAUGACUCUGGAAGAAAACUUUAGCAAUUAUUCUGCUUGGCAUUACAGGAGUAGUUUAAUUGGUGGAAGUGACGAAAUUUAUACCGUCGCGACUCCCGUUAGUCCACCACCCUCUCUCGACAUCAAUCGCACUUUAGACGACCCCUGCUAUCCAUGGGAUGACUUUGAUCUGGUCCACAAUGCUGUUUUUACUGACCCUAAAGAUCAGGGCCCCUGGUUUUACUAUUGGUGGCUUCUCGGACGUGGUGUAAAACAUUCUUAUCUGCGCGAGGUCUACCUUUCUAGAAGUCUUCAGCGCGCUGUUCUUGUUUUUACUUCUCCAAAGCUUAAAAGCGCUAUUAGCCAUUUAAAUGUCGAUGUUGUUGUAUCGGAUCCGUCUGCCAACAUAGUUAGUACAUACACUCCUAACAAUUUUGAUGGGUGGAAGAGUGCUUUGGAUGAUAAUGUUUCUGCUGUGUGGUGGUUUGAGUUACCAAAAGAGGUAAUUGAAGGUUGCGUAGUCUCUGUCACUGUUCACACAGAAGAAACUCGAGACACAACAUCCGCUCGUUCUCCUACCGUCGAUGGCUCUAAAACGUGGCUUUACUGUCAAAUGGAACCUGACCAGCAUGAAUCUUUAACAAGAGUAGCUCUUGAUCCUCGUCGUCUCCUUAACUUUAUGAUCUCUCCCAUUCAUGAACCUUCCAGUCUGUUGGGUGAGCUUGAUACCGUUCGGGAACUCGUUGCAAUGGAACCUAAUAACAAAUGGGCCCUAUUGACACUUGUUAGUCUACUUCGCUAUAUCCGUCCCCCCAACUGCACCAAUGAGAUCGAGACUGCCGUGAAAACUUUGCAGGCAGUCGAUAGUCAUAGAACACGUUAUUACGCUGAUAUGGCAAGCGCACACGCUACAGAAGAUGCUCUUGUUGCUUCCUAUGCUAUCAAUUCGCGAGCGCUCAAUCUUUCGGGGGUCGGAUUAACGCGUGUAUGCUGUCUUGACUGGUGCAGCCUGAUGACCCACCUCAACUUCUCGAACAACCAUUUGGACAUGCUUCCCGGAACAUUCGCCUACUUGGUGUGUCUUAAAGAACUCCUUUUAGACGACAAUCGAAUUUCAACUCUGAGGCCUAUUGCUGGCCUUCCUCAGCUAAAACGAGUAUCAGUGUGUAGGAAUCUUAUCGCUCAUUUCGAAGGUCUUGACCCUGCUCUUUCUUGUCCAAAUCUUCGUGAUCUUGAUAUCACCGGCAAUAAUGUUGCUGAACUGCCUGAUUUCACAGUUCUUUUAGCUGAGCACCCCGGCUCGAAACGAAGUCAUAAUUCACUCAACGUUGUAUACAAUAAACCUGUGAAGACUUAG